CAAAUCACUUCCUGACCUGAGUAAUGGGCUAUAGCUAAAUGUUCCUCCAGCCAAAGUGGUCAAAGUUGUUCAUAUUCUCAUGAUGAUCAAUUUCAACAACACCUAUCUCACAGUCUUCACUCUGCAACUUGCAAUGCUGCACACCCUCGCACGCCUCAUCAUCCGCACCACAACCCCUCCUUCCAAUGCACUCCUCCACAAAACCCUAUCGACCACCGCGAAGGACGAGUACUUCGCCGCCAUCCAACACGUAGCGAACAUCGUCCGGCGCGACUUCUACCUAGAACGCACCCUCAACAAGCUCCGCAUCGCCGUCACACCGGAGAUCGUCUUCCGCGUCCUCCGCGCCUGCAACACUUCCCCCACCGAGUCCCUCCGCUUUUUCAACUGGGCUCGCACCCACCACCCCAAUUACACCCCAACCUCCAUCGAAUUCGAAGAAAUCAUCAACUCCCUCGCCCGCGCCAACCUCUACCAAUCCAUGUGGUCACUCAUCCACACCCACCACCGCAUCCUCUCACUCUCCCCCGCCGCCGUCUCCUCCGUCAUCGAAUCCUACGGCCGCCACCGCCAUAUCGAUCAAGCCGUCGAGGUUUUCAACAAAUCCCCUUCCGUCUUUAACUGUCCUCAGGAUCUCAACCUCUACAACUCCCUCCUCUUCGCCCUCUGUGAAUCCAAGCUCUUCCACGCCGCCUACGCCCUCAUCCGCCGCAUGCUCCGGAAGGGUAUCGCCCCCGAUAAGCGCACCUACGCCCUCCUCGUCAACGCGUGGUGCUCCGCCGGGAAAACCAGAGAGGCGCAGCAGUUCCUCAGGGAAAUGAGCGAGAAAGGGUUCACUCCUCCGGUCAGAGGCCGCGACCUUCUCGUGGAAGGGCUUCUCAAUGCCGGGUUCGUCGAAUCGGCGAAAGCAAUGGUGAGGAAGAUGGUGAAGGAAGGGUCAGUCCCUGACGUGGGAACCUUCAAUGCUUUGGUGGAAACUGUUUGCAAAUGUGGUGACAAUGAGGUUGAGUUUUGUGCUGGUCUGUUUCAUGAGGUGUGUAAAUUGGGGUUGGUUCCUGAUGUUAACACUUACAAGAUCCUUGUACCUGCAGUUUCCAAGGUUGGGAUGAUGGAUGAGGCGUUUAGGUUGUUGAAUUGUUCGGUCGAGGACGGGCACAGACCGUUUCCUAGCUUGUAUGCUCCUGUGAUCAAGGCUCUGUGUAGGAGGGGUCAGUUUGAUGAUGCUUUUUGCUUCUUUGGCGAUAUGAAGGCGAAGGGUCAUCCUCCUAAUCGUCCGGUGUAUACCAUGUUGAUAACCAUGUGUGGCCGCGCUGGGAGGUUUGUUGAUGCUGCUAACUACCUCUUUGAAAUGACUGAGAUUGGGUUUGUCCCCAUUUCGCGCUGCUUUGACAUGGUUACUGAUGGGUUGAAGAAUGCUGGGAAGCAUGAUUUGGCUCACAGAGUGCAGCAACUUGAAGUGUCUAUCCGUGGUGUUUGAGAAUUUUUUA